AGACCAUCCAGCUACAGUCCAAAUUCAACAUGAGGCGAUUUGCAGGUUCCGAUGAGGACAUUCGGUUUUACACCAGGUCUUGUUAUGUCCUCUGUCAUGGCCAAAAUGGACCAAAAUGGUUUUUCCACAAACCCCCUAAUCAAUGCCACCACUGAAGUAACUCCAGGGUAUACAUUAAAAGGUCUUGUUAUGUCCUCUGUCAUGGCACAAGAGCAGACAAGAGAGGGAGACCAAAAUAGAUUUUCCACCAAACCCCAAAUCAAUGCCACCACUGAAACGAAUCAAACCUAUAAAUUCACAGCUCCAAUGGAUCAAAACCAAUCUGCUCAAAGUAGUAUGUCAACAACAAAUAUUGCCGUGAGUAGCAGCACCAGUCCAUCGGGCCCAUCGCCGACCAUGCCUACCUUAGGUAGCAUCUUCUCAGUCAGAAGUACAGCACCUCGUCUCUUUCCAACCAAAUUACCAAAGACCAAUAAGACAACAGUCGCACCAAGACCCCAAAGUGACGACAGUACUGGCUUUAUCAUCGUGAUUGUGAUCAGCCUGGCCGUUAUUUUGCUUAUAGUAGCCUGCUGCGUGACAAAUCGGAAAGCAAAGAUGUACUCUGUUGACUUCAGCUCUAGACAGGACGAUGUGCAGAUCCCUCUGAGCACCGUGCGACCUGAUGGGCCCAAAGCUCAGGAUGGGGUGAAGACCUUUGACAGUGUGGAAAUUGAUGACGAUGAGCCCAAAGUCACUAAAGAUGUGGAAAAUGUUGAGGCAACUGUUGAGGCAAAGGAGGAGGAGAAAGAAGAAGUGUGUGCUCAGUUCGCCCUUGCCAAAGUGGGAGAAUUUUCAAAGUUAGUGUGUAAUACUGAAGUUUACCACAGGGUGGAAAUGGAAGUCAAGCUGUGUGCCGUGGUUACACUGGAACCAUGA